AUGCACGAGCCAAUUCUGAGAUAUGAAAAUUUGGCUCCUGCGUUGCAACGCUCCGAGCCAUCGUUGCAACGGCGGGGGGCCAUCGUUGCAACGGCGAGUGCCUCCGUGGGGGGCGGGGGAGCCCGGCGGCACACCACAACCACAACGUGCUCAACGUGCUUCCUAGGGGAUGACAAGAUAGCUGAGAAGGCUGAAUUUGGAAGAAGUUUGUUUGAGAGAUUGGUGUUGUUGGGAAAAGAGAGGCACAUGCUUAAUAUUCAGUAUAGGAUGCAUCCAUCAAUUAGCAAAUUCCCAAGUGAAGAGUUCUAUGAUAAGCAACUUGCUGAUGCAUCCAUUGUCAAAUUAACAAGCUACAAUAAGCAAUUCCUUAAAGGGAAAAUGUAUAGCUCCUACUCUUUCAUCAACAUAUCAAGGGGUAAAGAGCAGUCUAAUCAUGAUCAUAGUUUGAAGAACAUUGCUGAGGCUGCUGCUGUCUCAGAGAUUAUUCAAAGACUUAGAAAAGAAUUUUUGACAAGAAGAAAGAAAGUUAGCAUAGGAAUCAUAUCUCCAUACAAUGGUCAAGUACAUGAAAUCCAGAAGACCAUAAAGCAAUAUAUUUCAGACAGUGAUCCUAACUUCUCUGUGAGUGUUCGUUCUGUUGAUGGUUUUCAAGGUGGUGAAGAAGACAUAAUUAUAAUAUCAACUGUGAGAUCCAAUGGUGUUGGAAAUAUUGGUUUUCUUUCAAAUAGACAAAGAACAAAUGUUGCAUUGACAAGGGCUAGAUAUUGCCUUUGGAUAUUAGGAAAUGCAUCAACUUUGAUAAACCGUAACAGUGUAUGGAGGGAACUGGUUCUUGAUGCUAAGGAAAGAAACUGCUUUUACAAUGCUUAUGAGGAUGAGAAACUGGCUCGGGCCAUUGAGAAUUCCUUGUGGGACCUUGAACUUGAUUCACUGGAGGCACCAUUCAAGAAACUAAGUUUAUGGGACAAUUCUAAUACAGCUUCUACUUCCUUUAGAGCACAUAAACCAAGAUUGAUGUAUAAAAUCAAAACAUGAAGACAUUGAAUCACAUGUUUAUGCAAUGCCAUGGAACAUGCCAUAUUGCCAUCCCUAAAGACCUUUGUUGAGUUUUGAACUUGUGAUCAAGAAGCAAAGAAGCAAAUCAACCUCAUGAGUUUUUGUCAUCCAUGCAUGCUGGCAAUGGCAAUACUGUAAUUGUAUUUUGAACAUAACUUAUCCUUAUUACCAUGCGUAUUCUACCAUGAUUUACUAAUUUUUGGUGGAUUAUGCUAAAGAUUAUUUAGAAAUGCAAUUUAUCCUUGCAUUUUUUUUCCUUUUUAAGGGAUGAAAAUACAAGCUACAUGUAUUAAGAUUAUAU